CUGGGCUGCCCGCCCGGCUCCGCCCAGGGUCUGCGGGGAACGGAAACCGAAAGUGCGCGGCGUCGGGCGGGGCUACCGACCUGCCUGGGCCGAAUCCCCAGCGCUCGCCGGCGGCAGUGAGUGGACGCGCCGGAGCUGGAUGCUGUGUUUCAAGGACACUGAUAAUUCAACAUGUGCAGUUUUCCAGAUAACAGAAAGUAACGUGGAAGAAUUUGGGUGACUCAGACAUGGAGGAGAGAAGACCUCAUCUGGAUGCCAGGCCCAGGAAUCCCCAUACCAACCACAGAGGGCCUGUGGAUGGAGAGUUACCACCAAGAGCUAGAAAUCAGGCCAGUAACCCGCCAACCAAUGCUCUCCGAGGAGGAGCCAGCUAUGCUGGAAGGCAUCCUAGGGCCAACAACCAUCCUCCUCCUUACUGGCAGAGGGAACAGAGAUUUUGGGCCGUGGGCAGGCCCAUACAUCAAGGAAGGAGGAAUCAGGAGGGGCAUGCCAGUGACGAAGCUAGAGGCCAAAGACAUGACCAAGAGAAUGACACCAGGUGGAGAAAUGGCAACCAGGAGUGUAGGAACCGCAGACCACCGUGGUCCAAUGACAACUUCCAGCAGUGGCGGACCCCCCACCAGAAGCCUACAGAGCAGCCACAGCAGACAAAGAAAUUGGGCUACAAGUUCUUAGAAAGUCUUCUGCAGAAAGACCCUUCUGAGGUGGUCAUCACGCUUGCCACAAGUUUAGGGCUGAAAGAGCUUCUUUCUCAUUCUUCCAUGAAAUCUAACUUCCUUGAGCUCAUCUGCCAGGUUCUUCGGAAGGCUUGCAGCUCCAAAAUGGAUCGCCAGAGUAUUCUCCAUGUACUGGGCAUAUUGAAAAACUCCAAAUUUCUCAAAGUCUGCCUGCCUGCUUAUGUGGUAGGGAUGAUCACUGAACCCAUCCCUGACAUUCGAAACCAGUAUCCAGAGCACAUAAGCAACAUCAUCUCCCUCCUCCAGGACCUUGUAAGUGUCUUCCCUGCCAGCUCUGUGCAAGAAACUUCCAUGCUGGUUUCUCUCUUGCCAACCUCUCUUAAUGCUCUGAGAGCCUCCGGUGUUGACAUAGAAGAGGAGACAGAAAAGAACCUGGAAAAAAUACAGACUAUCAUUGAACAUCUGCAGGAAAAGAGGCGAGAGGGCACUUUGAGAGUGGACACCUACACUCUAGUGCAGCCUGAGGCAGAAGACCUUGUGGAGAGCUACCGAACCAUGCCCAUUUACCCUACCUACAAUGAAGUGCACUUGGAUGAGAGGCCCUUUCUUCGCCCCAACAUCAUUUCUGGAAAAUAUGACAGCACUGCUGUCUAUCUGGAUACCCACUUCCGACUCCUGCGAGAAGAUUUUGUCAGACCUCUACGGGAAGGCAUUUUGGAACUUCUCCAAAGCUUUGAAGACCAGGGCUUGAGAAAGAGAAAGUUUGAUGACAUCCGAAUCUACUUUGACACCAGGAUUAUCACCCCGAUGUGUUCAUCAUCAGGCAUAGUCUACAAGGUACAGUUUGACACAAAACCAUUGAAGUUUGUUCGCUGGCAGAAUUCCAAACGAUUGCUCUAUGGGUCUUUGGUAUGCAUGUCCAAGGACAACUUUGAGACAUUUCUUUUUGCCACCGUAUCUAACCGGGAGCAGGAAGAUCUCUGCCGAGGAAUUGUCCAGCUCUGCUUCAAUGAGCAGAGCCAACAGCUGCUAGCAGAGGUCCAGCCUUCUGACUCUUUCCUCAUGGUGGAGACAACUGCAUACUUUGAGGCCUACAGGCACGUCCUGGAAGGACUCCAGGAGGUCCAGGAAGAAGAUGUCCCCUUCCAGAGGAAUAUUGUGGAGUGUGACUCUCAUGUGAAGGAGCCAAGGUACUUGCUAAUGGGGGGAAGAUAUGACUUUACCCCAUUAAUAGAGAAUCCUUCAGCCACUGGGGAAUUUCUAAGAAAUUUCGAGGGCUUGAGACAUCCCAGAAUUAAUGUCUUAGAUCCAAGCCAGUGGCCCUCAAAAGAAGCCCUGAAGCUGGAUGACUCCCAGAUGGAAGCCUUGCAGUUUGCUCUCACGAGGGAACUGGCUAUUAUUCAAGGACCUCCUGGAACAGGCAAAACGUAUGUGGGUCUAAAAAUUGUUCAGGCCCUCCUGACCAACGAGUCCGUUUGGCAAAUUAGCUCCCAGAAGUUCCCCAUCUUGGUUGUGUGUUAUACUAAUCAUGCUUUGGACCAGUUUCUGGAAGGCAUCUACAGGUGUCAGAAGACCAGCAUUGUACGGGUGGGUGGAAGGAGCAACAGUGAAAUCCUGAAGCAGUUCACCCUAAGGGAGCUGAGAAACAAGCGGGAAUUCCGCCGAAACCUCCCCAUGCACCUCCGAAGGGCCUACAUGAGUAUCAUGACACAGAUGAAGGAGUCGGAGCAAGAGCUUCAUGAAGGAGCCAAGACCCUGGAGUGCACCAUGCAUGGUGUCCUACGGGAACAGUACCUGGAGAAGUACAUUUUACCCCAGCACUGGAAAAGUCUCAUGAAUGGUCCAGUGCAGGAUAGUGAAUGGAUUUGCUUCCAGCACUGGAAGCAUUCCAUGAUGCUGGAGUGGCUAGGUCUUGGUGUCGGUUCUUUCACCCAAAGUGUUUCUCCAGCAGGACCUAACAAUACAGCCCAGGCAGAAGGGGAGGAGGAAGAAGAAGGGGAGGAGGAGAGUUCGCUGAUCGAGAUCGCAGAGGAAGCUGACCUGAUUCAAGCAGACCGGGUAAUAGAGGAGGAAGAGGUGGUGAGGCCUCGGCGGCGGAAGAAGGAAGAGAGUGGAGCAGACCAGGAGCUGGCUAAAAUGCUUCUGGCCAUGAGGCUAGACCACUGUGGCCCUGGGACAGGAGCUGGACAGGAGCAAGCAAUAGGAGAGUGGCAGACCCAGCGCAACCAGAAAAAGAAAAUGAAAAAGAGGGUGAAGGAUGAGCUUCGCAAAUUGAACACCAUGACCGAGGCUGAGGCCAGUGAGAUCGAGGAUGUUUGGCAGCUGGACUUCAGUUCUCGCUGGCAGCUUUAUAGGCUGUGGCUACAGUUGUACCAGGCCGACACCCGCCGGAAGAUCCUCAGCUAUGAACGCCAGUACCGCACAUCAGCAGAAAGAAUGGCUGAGCUGAGACUCCAGGAAGACCUGCACAUUCUUAAAGAUGCCCAGGUUGUAGGAAUGACAACCACAGGUGCUGCCAAAUACCGCCAGAUCCUACAGAAGGUAGAGCCGAGGAUUGUCAUAGUGGAAGAAGCUGCUGAAGUCCUUGAGGCCCAUACCAUUGCCACAUUGAGCAAAGCUUGCCAGCACCUCAUUCUGAUUGGGGACCACCAGCAGCUGCGCCCCAGUGCCAACGUGUAUGAUCUGGCCAAGAACUUCAACCUUGAGGUGUCUCUUUUUGAACGACUAGUGAAAGUAAACAUUCCCUUUGUCCGUCUGAAUUACCAGCACCGCAUGCGCCCUGAAAUUGCCCGCCUUUUGACCCCCCACAUUUACCAGGAUCUGGAGAAUCAUCCCUCUGUUCUUAAGUAUGAGAAGAUUAAGGGGGUGUCUUCCAACCUUUUCUUUGUAGAACACAACUUUCCUGAACAGGAAAUCCAAGAGGGCAAAAGCCAUCAGAACCAGCACGAGGCUCACUUUGUGGUAGAGCUGUGCAAGUACUUCCUGUGCCAGGAAUACCUGCCUUCCCAGAUCACCAUCCUCACUACCUAUACUGGGCAGCUCUUCUGCCUGCGCAAGCUGAUGCCUGCCAAGACAUUUGCUGGUGUCAGGGUCCAUGUUGUGGACAAAUACCAAGGGGAAGAGAAUGACAUCAUCCUCCUCUCACUAGUUCGAAGCAACCAAGAAGGCAAGGUGGGUUUUCUGCAGAUAUCCAACCGCAUCUGUGUGGCCUUGUCCCGAGCCAAGAAGGGAAUGUACUGCAUUGGAAACAUGCAAAUGCUGGCCAAGGUGCCCCUGUGGAGCAAGAUCAUUCAUACACUUCGAGAGAACAAUCAAAUAGGCCCCAUGCUCCGCCUCUGCUGCCAGAACCACCCUGAUACCCACACCCUAGUAUCCAAAGCUUCUGACUUCCAAAAAGUACCCGAAGGAGGCUGCAGCCUGCCCUGCGAGUUCCGGCUGGGCUGUGGGCACGUCUGCACCCGUGCCUGCCACCCUUAUGACUCUUCACACAAGGAGUUCCAGUGCAUGAAACCAUGCCAGAAGGUUAUCUGCCAGGACGGGCACCGGUGUCCCCUUGUUUGCUUCCAGGAGUGUCAGCCUUGUCAGGUGAAGGUGCCCAAAACCAUUCCUCAGUGCGGCCAUGAACAAAUGGUCCCUUGUUCCGUGGCUGAGUCAGAUUUCUGCUGCCAAGAGCCUUGCCCCAAGUUUCUGAGAUGUGGGCACAGAUGCAACCACCCAUGUGGUGAGGACUGUGUGCAGCUGUGUUCAGAAAUGGUCACCGUAAAACUUAAGUGUGGGCAUAGCCAACAGGUAAAAUGUGGUUAUGUGAAAGACCUCAUGUAUGGUCUGCCAGUUGCCACCAAGUGCACCACCAAGUGUGGCACUAUCUUGGACUGCGGGCAUCCUUGCCCAGGCUCCUGCCACAGCUGCUUCGAAGGGCGUUUCCAUGAACGCUGUCAGCAGCCCUGCAAGCGCCUGCUUAUUUGCUCACACAAGUGCCAGGAACCGUGCAUCGGUGAGUGCCCACCCUGCCAGCGGACCUGUCAGAACCGCUGUAUCCACAGCCAGUGCAAGAAGAAAUGUGGGGAGCUGUGCAGCCCCUGUGUGGAACCUUGUGUCUGGCGCUGCCAACACUAUCAGUGCACCAAACUCUGCUUUGAGCCCUGCAACCGACCCCCGUGCUGUGUGCCUUGUACUAAGCUGCUAGCUUGUGGCCACCCCUGCAUUGGUCUCUGUGGGGAGCCGUGCCCCAAUAAAUGCCGGAUCUGCCACAUGGAUGAGGUCACCCAAAUAUUCUUUGGGUUUGAGGAUGAGCCUGAUGCCCGCUUUGUGCAGCUGGAAGACUGCAGCCACAUCUUUGAGGUGCAAGCUCUAGACCGCUACAUGAAUGAACAAAAGAAUGAUGAAGUUGCCAUCAAGUUGAAAGUCUGCCCUAUCUGCCAAGUGCCCAUCCGCAAAAACCUGAGGUAUGGAACUAGCAUAAAACAGCGGCUAGAAGAGAUUGAAACCAUCAAGGAAAAGAUCCAGGGCUCGGCAGGGGAGAUAGCAACCAGCCAGGAACGGCUGAAGGUUCUGCUAGAGAGGAAGAGCCUCCUUCACCAGCUGCUUCCUAAAGACUUCCUGACGAUAAAGGAGAAGCUAGCCCAGAAAAAUCUGUCGGUGAAGGACCUGGUUCUGGUUGAGAAUUACAUCAGUUUCUAUGACCACCUGGCCAGCCUGUGGGAUUCCCUGAAAAAAAUGGAUGUCUUAGAACAGAAAAGAGUGAGGACUCGACUAGAGCAGGUCCAUGAGUGGCUGGCCAAGAAGCGCUUGAGCUUUACUAGCCAGGAAUUAAGUGACCUCCGAAGUGAAAUCCAGAGGCUUACGUACCUGGUGAAUCUUCUGACCCGCUACAAGAUAACAGGGAAAGUGAAAGAUAGCAUAGCAGUAGAGUUCCAUAGUGUCCAGAAUAUCCUUGAGAAAACAUGUAAGUUCACCCAAGAGGAUGAACAAUUUGUGCAGGAGAAGAUGGAAGCUCUGAAAGCCACCCUUCCCUGCUCUGGCCUGGGCAUCUCAGAGGAAGAGCGAGUGCAGAUUGUCAGUGCCAUAGGUUAUCCUCGUGGUCACUGGUUCAAGUGCCGCAAUGGCCAUAUCUAUGUGAUUGGCGAUUGUGGGGGAGCCAUGGAGAGGGGCAGGUGUCCUGAGUGUAAGGAAGUGAUUGGUGGCACAAAUCACACUCUGGAAAGAAGCAACCAGCUUGCUUCUGAAAUGGAUGGAGCCCAGCAUGCUGCCUGGUCUGACACGGCCAACAACCUGAUGAACUUUGAGGAGAUCCAGAGGAUGAUGUAAGAAGAUGGUACACCACUGCCUUUUGCCCUGGCCACUGAAUAACUGGGGCCAACUCCCUUAUGAAGGAACUGAAGUUUGUUUUUUAUUAUCAUCCUUUCUAGUCUUUGCACCUAUUUAAGGAUCCACUUUUAGGGCUUGCCCACAUUUGUUUCUAGAUUUACCCCUGCGCUAGAGUAAACACUUUAUCUCCAGAAAUAAGAGCAAAGAUCUUACCUCUUUUUCUCUCCUGCAAAUUAGUGAACAUACUCCCUCAAACAUGUUUGGGGCUUCCACCUAGGGCCAGCCAUCUAGUGUUAUCUCUGGGUCUUUACUUGGUCCGAUGUGUCUUCUAGAGUGUUCCCCAGGAACAGAGUAUGAGCUCAUUGACACUGACUGAUUCUAAUUGCAAGGCCCUAAUUUGCAGACUAACUCUUAUUAUAAUAAAGAGACCCAGAGUUGCUUAUUACUGCUUAUCCCUUAAAGGAGCACAAGAAUCCCUCUUGCCCUCCUUGGGCACCCUGUCUCUAGGAAAUGGAGGCAUGUGAUAAGACAAAGACUUCAAGUCAUAGUCACUGAGAGUGGGGAAUAUGUGACAGCCCACAUCUGGGGGCUUAUGCAGCAGGCCCAGGUCAUUUCCUGGAACCUGCACUUUGGCAUGGUGGAGGUUUGGUAGCACUGCUGGUUACCCUUACGCACUGAAUGGGGCUAAACUCAAUAUUCAGUACCAGCAGCAUUUAUCCCAGGUGUGAUCCUUCAUCCCAACACUCCCUCUUGCAGCUUUUGCCUGGGUUGGGCCUGCAUCUGCAUCCCCUCCCUCAGUCCAGUGUUCCUUAGAACAGACAUUUAGGUAUCUCAGGUCCUUUCUACGUGUCCCUUUCCUAUGUAUGCAUUUCCUUUUUUUGUCUUUACUAUGCACUUUAGCUUAUAAAGCCAAUUAAAACGAUGAUUGAGAAAAUCAA